AUAACUUCACUCCUAACCUCAAAGUUGUUUGACGCGCCGAUUGAUUGAUUUGAUCGUUGUGGGUCUCCAUACGGUAAAUGUCAGUCCGUUCUUGAAGGGAAAAUUUUCACUUAAAUUCUUAAGGACAUAGUCGUAAUAAGUUAAAUUGUUAAACAUUUAAAAAUCCUUUAAUACAUAUAUCGUUUGUUCGGAUAUGAAGCAAAUAUGCGGGCAACUAAAAAUGAAUUAGUUUUACGAAGAACCACUAAAUUCUCGAAGGCGGACAUAAAUUCAAGUUCGGUGUUUACAGAAAUCAGUGAGAAUUCGGAUUCGAUAGGCGGCGUGAUAAGGAAGGGACAGCUAGGAUGGCUGGCGAGAGGUCCCCUCCUCGAAGUUUUUUCGCUUCGGAAUGGAAACAAAAUUUCUAGUUAUCGUUUCGAUAUAACGACCAGUUUUCAACGAUGUUUCAUCACUUGCGUCUCCGAAAUCGAAGCAACAAAUUUAAAUUAUUGUCUACUAGCCGUCGGAGUACAAUUUGGCGAUGAUCCUGGUGGGAUGGUCUCAAUUUAUUCAGUUCAAGAAUCAAAAGUCCUGCGUUCAAUUGAGACCGCCGAGAAGAUCACGUGUUGUCAUUUGAUCAAUGCAAAUGUAGCGGAAAGGACAGGUGUCCUAGAAAUGUAUCAAGGAUGUCUAGCGAUAGGCACAGACGUUGGAAAGAUUAUCCUGUUGGAUUUGAACUUGCGAAAAUGUGAACAAACUUUAGUUGAAAUGAGGACAAGCGACGAUGAUUUUUACUUGGUACCAUGUCAUGUUGUUCUUUCCACAAUGGAUGCUGAUCAUAUCAGGCAACAUUUUCGACAUUCUCGACGUGAGAAUGUAGGCUUCGGAAUUCAAUUGGAAAGCGUAGACAACCCAGGGUUGGUACUUUCACUUCAAUGCCUCGACCCACUUUUAUCCAUAGCUGUGGGUUUGGAGGACGGACGCUUGAUUUUAUAUGAUUUAACUGAUCUUCAGGCAUUCCAUUUGGCAUACCCGCCUGAAGAUAUUGCACCACUAGUUAAACUGUCUUAUGUCGAGCCUCCCGAUGACCCACGAGCUUGUAUAUAUAUUUGGGCAUUCCAUGAGAAUCGCAGUUCCUCCAUAGCAGUGAUGCAUUCAGUUAUGUAUGAUAGGAAAGUAACAGAUGAAGAUGACGACGAUGGGUUUUAUGUAUUUGAGGGUUUCCAAUCGUGCAGUGUAAGGCUAACAUUGCCCAUGUUUGAACGGGAUAGUAUUCCGGUUUCAUGCCAAUCGGUUAAGAUAUCUCCGUCUCAUGAUAGUGAAGAAACCAUUUCUUUGUGCUUGUUAGCUUGGAAAUCACGAAAAACAUCAGAAAUUCUUAUUUUCGAUAUAAAUCAAUGGUACAAGGAGCAAAUGCCGCAUAUUGGAGACUGGCGUGAUAAUUUAAGUUAUUUGGCUUCAUUUCCACUAAAGGAAUGCGAUUUGCUUGAUGUUUGGUUGGAUGGUCGUACGGUUGCUCCUUUCAAUUCCAUUCAACGUCCAGAGGAACAUUUCUUUCCGAUAUCUUUGAGUUUUGAUUGUACUGUAUUUCGUGAUAAAGAGAGUAUGAAAUUCCAUUGGCCUGGACUGCAGAAUAGAGCCCUGAGUAUGCUUAAUAUGGCCGGACCAUCAGCGCUACUAGAACCUUCGGUUUAUUAUCAUGAGGCAGUCAAGGCUUCGCUAAUCUCAUUGAACACAUCUGAUUAUAGCUUCAGCUCAACUACUUCACUGAAUACACAACGUGAAAUUUUACUCUCAGUGGCAUUGGAGUACAACUGCUUUGGUCUGCUACGGGAAUGCGCGAAAUGUUGGGCCGAUGGUAGUCAUUUAGGUAAAAAACCAGAAGAGAGUCUUUCACUUUCAACAUUGACGACAUGGAUAUGGAAACGUGCUGAAAACAUUAAGGACCGGUGCAAUAUCCUAUGCGUGCCGUUAUUCGACCACUCAGGGCUCCGAAUCGAUCAGAGGUCACAAAUAGAACUUUCGUAUUGCUCACGACAGCUCAAACUUCUUGCCGACUUAAUGCAUAUCAUCAUCACAAAAUGUAGUGAAUAUAUUCCGGAAGAAGUGAGUACAAGACUUUCUACGCAAUACAAUUCUAUAAAGAUGGCCUCCGAAUAUCAAGAGGUACUACAAUGGUUCUUGAACGUUGGACUUCUACCUGAGGCGGCAACAGAUUAUAAAAGAGCCAGUUCAUAUUUGGAUAAUCCAUACGAUACUCGAUCGCCACUCGUUCCCUAUCCAUAUAAAGCGCUGCGAAACUACUAUAUGUCACAGCGAAUGAAAUUCAAAAAGAUCAAUUCGGGGCUACUUUCGCCGCGAACGCAAAGCUGUCGCAUUCUGUACAUUGAUUCCUUUAUCGAGCACGAAUGCAACUCAAACGCAUUGAGAGAGCAUUGGCUCGAGAGUGGUGGAAAUGGUCUAUACCCACCAUCAUCGUUGCAGGCAAUGUUGCGUGUGAUGUUAAUUCCUGAUGUACCCAUCGAGAGUAAAUAUAUCUUAUUUGUGUAUUUUUUCCUGGAUCUAAACAUGUCACUUGAGGACGAUAGAUAUGCUGAAAUUGUGCAAAAUUUCAUGAAAUUCCCAUCCGUAUUCAAAAUUAGCUCAUCGACGGUAAAGACGGUCCAAGCAUUUUGGAAUUUGGAUCAUGGCCAAUUCGAGGCUUCUCUCGAGGAUAUCAUUUCGCCUUUCUUACACGACCGAAAGCUGAGACAAUGGCAAAAAGAACUGUUGAUUGAAGCCUUACUCGUCCACCAUUCAUCUAAGCUUGCAUUACGUGCCCUUCAAGCUCCUGGUCCACCAAUUUCCUCCCUGCUGGAAUUGAAAACUCUCCUAGCAAACGAUAUGGUUGCCGAGGCUUUUCACCUGCAGCGCUCUAAAAACGAUGCUGAUUUAUUCCGGCAUUUCCUAACUGGAUGCCUAUAUCUUGGAAAACUGGCUGCUUUACUCGAUCUAGCUCUUACCGAAGAUGAAGAGCGAAUUCUUCAGCAAUUCUUGCGUGAUUCGAAAUCGGCCAAAACAGAAAAUCUGCAUUUUGUUCAUCUUUUACAAAGAUCCAAAUACAUAGAGGCAAUCCAACAGUUAGAUGAGCUGUCUAGCAACAGACAUAGUCAACACUCAGUCGAUUUGGAGACACCAAACUUGGUUUUGGCUGCAUAUAAUACAACGAUGACGCCAGCAACUAAACAAUUGUCUGAAGUUUACUACGGAAUCCGUAAUCGUUUGAAAGCAAAAGAACCAGAAGCCCAAAUUCUUGACACGCUGAGUUCGCAACUUUUGAAAAAUAAUGCCAACGAUUUAAUUGGUGGAGUUUACCAUAGUUCAAUAAUGAGCGUAGAUGAAGCCACGAAUUACUGGGACGAAGAGAUACAACGAGAACGCAAGCGUUUGUUGUAUCCAAAUAAUGUUCCAUUCAUUCGGCGCCCCCAGCUGGAGGCAUUUACAGGCUAUCAGGGUGACAGUAAUAUUUGUUAUCCAGAAACCUAUAAAGGCGUUCAAAAACGAAGAUUGGACAGUAGUGAUGAAGUGGAGACGCAAAUUGAUCAGGACCCAAUGGAAAACCCCAAAAAACGGCAGAGAAUCAAUGAUAGUUUGAGCGGAAUAAAAACCGCCCAGCCCUUGAAUGCAUCGCUUCUGACCAAAUUCAAAAAUCGUCAAUCGCACAGGUUUUCUGUUGGGGAAGAGAACGUAUUAUCUACUGUCAAUCAAACUCGCUACGAAAAAGAUCCCUCAGUGACCAGCUUAAACACGCCCCUUGUGAGAAGUAGCCGACCGACAAUGGAUUCCCGGGACGAUUCAAUGUCGGAAGCAAGUGAGUUAAGUCGAACAUAUCGUGUUGGAACGCCACAGAGUAUUUUGAAAGUAAGAACUACAGCGUCUGCCAGUGUAACGUCACCAUUGCGCAAGGCAGUCGAAUCGACACCCAGGCGUUCAGUUUCUCCAAAAGAUUUAGACGCGAAUACGUAUAUGGAUGAAGAAAAAUCGAUUCGUUUUGAUCUGCCUAGCGCGAAUGUCACGGAGACCUCAUCACUGCAAACUAGCCAUGACUCGUUGGAGAUGUCGCAAAGGGUGCCAUCAACCAGUAUCGCAUCGGCUGCAGUCGACGAAAAAGGCUUUGAUGAAAAAGUUAGAAGGCUCGAAGGUCCAUCAGCACGUAAGGGUCUCCGUUCGUCCGAUGCAAGCCUGAUGUCAACGUCUGGUGACGAAGAGUUCUUCUCUCCACAACAUUCACGCGAUAAUUCAAUUAAGAAAGAAGAAAGGAAGAAAGAUAUCGACAAUAGUGAAAGCGAAAGUGAAAAAGACGUAGAAAUCAUUGUUAGACAGAUCCCUAAAGGUGAGGAUCAUUCACAAUCUAAAGCCACGACGCCCCUUGGUCCUAAGCCUCGAAAACCAUUAGAACGUUCCACGCGCAGUCGAUCUAAAACUCCAGAUAUUCAAAAUUCACCCGUAAGAAAAUCCGCCCGUAUUUUGGAUAGAACUAAGAGCGAAAUUACGGAAACUAGAGAAAUGCAAACUGUGACGGAGACGAUCAGGCAAACGGGAUCGAAACCACUUAGUCGUCUUGUUCUGGAGUUAAAUGCAAAGAAGCUGAGUUCUCUCAAUCCUACAGAAAGUUCACUGAAGCCAUUAGACAAGGGUCUUGUUCUAGCUCAAAGUACUCAGCUUCAUGAGGAAAAAAUCACCGUCACAAAGACAUGGUCAACGGCUGAAGAAAAAUCUUCCACCAUUGACAAUGAUUACCUUACUGAAGUAUCAAUACCAUCGGCUUCGUUCCAUGUCAAUGAAACACGUGAAACGAUUUAUGAUAGUUCUGAGAUGGUAGACGAACCCUACAGUAAUUUAUCCACCACAGUUGGAAUGAGCAGUUUUGAGUUAACAAUGGAAGAGAAAGGUCCCCCAUCUGAAAUGGAUACUUCAAAAACAUUUAAAGGAAUUGGGGGGAGGAGGAGCUAUAAAACGUCAAUACGUCAUACGCUUGAACGGAAUCAGGAGAAAUCUCAAGAAUCAAUUGUUUCCGAGCAUACAAAACCGCUUGAAGAAGACUCUAACGAACAGGUCUCAGAAGAACACCAACAAAAUCCUGAAUUGCGGAAGGCAGAAAGUGAAGAAAGAAAUAAAAGUAGUAGCAAUGUAACGCAGAUGGAGAUAGAUGAUGUGGAUGACGAGGAAGAAAGAGAACUCGUUGUAACACUCGAAACAGAAGUAGAAGGAGUCAAGGAAAAGCAAGAUGAGCGUGAAGAAAAAUCAGAUGUGGAUGAAGGAGAUGAAGAUCAAAUUGGAAUGGACAAUGAAGCAAAAACGGAAAACGAAGAUGCGGACAUGGAAAGCGAAGAGCAUGUCGUGGUUGAAGAUGAAGGCGAAGAGGAAGCGUCUGAGGAAGAUGAGGAAAGUGAUGGUAACGAAUCGAAGUCGGACGAUGUAAUAAGCAUAUCUAGCGGAAAUGAAUCAGGGCAGAAUUCAGCCGCAACAGCUACUUCGAGUGAGAGCCGCUCAAAUACGCCAAGAGGUGACGAAAGCGAAGAGUCAGCCGCAUCUGAGGGUGAUAGUAGUUACGACGGGAAACUGCUGUACGGCGACCUAGAAUUUGAGCGACCAAGCUCUAACGCGGAAAGCAUUAGUUCUACGGAAACCGAACCUUUCCUACCAGCUCCUUCUGAUUCUGAGUUAAACGUUCAGAUCCAGAAAGUGGAAAAUACGACAAAAUCCGUUGUGAUAGAAUCGAAGUCUAUUGAAACCGUGAUAACGAAAGAGACUUCCACCGUAACCUUCACCGAUUCGAGCAUCGACAACGCACCACCUCCUGGUAUGGCUUUGAAUGUUUUAACAGGCGAAUACGAGAACAUCGUUGAUGAUGAGGAGGUUGCUGAACAGCAGGAUACGGAGGAUCAAGAAUCGCAAAAAGUUGAAACUAUCACGACCGCUGUUAAGACUAAUGUGGAAGCUGCUGGUCAUGUUGACGCUUCAGUAAAAUAUUCUAAAGAUACUGCGAAAAAUGAAGCGGAAACUAUUAGCGCACCAGAAGUGGUUGACAAGGCUUCAAGUGGUGCGACGACUUCAGAACCCGUAUCUGCUUCAGAUAAACUUAGAGCUAAGAAUGUCAGCAACGUAGAAACCGAAAAUCCACCUAAAGAAUAUAUCGCCGUACAACCGGAACCUACGCCCUCAACAUCAAAACAAAAAUCACUUUCCAAAACAUCAACUCCAAGUCCUCUGAAAUCUACUGAAGAUUCACAGCGAAAUGUCAGGGCUGAUGGGGCAGUCCAAGUAGGCCGUGACAUUCAGGAGGAAGACGAAAAUAAUGCAAAAACGCCUGUCAAAACGGUAGUUGAAAUUGAUUCUACAACGGAUUCGGGUCGAAUUUUAAGAAGUGCUCGACGUCGUUCGACCUCCAUUGAUAAUACCACUGAGCCGGUUAUUGAUUCUCCAUCAGUCGCUAAAAGGAUAUUGCGUGCCAAGUCUGUACCUCGUACAGAAUCUGCUGACACCCCAACUAAUACAAAACUUCGAAGACGAUCAAAUUCAACUGAUAAUCCUUCCACGCCAACUCGGAUCCUUACUCGUCGCAAAUCAACUCUUUUGGAUAAAAUAGAAGAAGAUUCCGUUUUGGAUUCUCCUCGCCGUAGUACGCGUAAACGCGUACCCGCCGAAACUGAUUUGGAAGAACUGCCACAAACUCCAACAUCAAUGGUGAAGCGAACAAGAAAAACGUCAAAUUCAAGCGCGGACACGCCUAGCCGUGCGACGACUCCGCGCAGUACGGCAAGAAAAGGUGUCCUUGCUGAAGAUAAUUCUCAGACGCCGCAGCGCAUUACUCGUCGAUCUUCCAUAAGUAAUGAUACCCCAAAAGCUGAGACAAAGGACAAAAAAGUAAAAAGCCGCGCGAAAAAGUCGAAUACCCCGGAAGUUGGUCACGACACGACUGAAAGUGAUGAAAGCGAAGCCCUCGAGGGUGACUCGGGAGAUUUAACCAAGGUGAAAGGGUCUGGUGUCCGAAAGCUAUUCUCUAAAUCUUCAACAAGCAAAGGCGAUUCAAUGGAGACUUCCGAGAUCGAAUCGUCGCCUGAAACUCGGGAAGAUUCUGCAUAUCAGGCUUCCCGUCGAUUGACUAGGCACCAACAGAGUGUAAUGGAGAAGUCGGCAGCUGUUACUAAGAAAUUAGAAGCGGUUCCUAAGAAAGUAACACGUCGCCAAGGGUCUAAAUUGGAGGAGAGUCCCACAAAGAAGGAAGACAUUAGUGAAACUGAGUCCAUAAUUUCAGCAAGAAGCAAAUAUUCUACAGGGUCAGGGGAAAAUAGGCGGGUCACACGAAGCUCUGCUUUAAAGGCUGAUGUUGAUGACGAUGCUGCAAGUGUAGCGAGCUCAACCCGCAGUGGAAGAUCCACAAAAGGUAAUAAAAAGGCAAAGCCGACAUCAACUAAAGAUGUGAAUUUGGGUACUAUCGCUGAAGAAGAUCAGGAAAAUGUAAAGAAAACUUAUUCUAAUGAUGACAGUGAUGAUGAUGCUGUUUCUACGCUUUCGGCCGGCUCCAAAGAUCCGUCGAAGAAAAAAAGUCGAGGAAGGAAGACGCAAAAGAGCAAGUUAAAGAAGUGAAUCCGAAGAAACUGGUCGACAAGUUGCGAAUAUUGGCCUAGUAAGUCAUCUCACAGAAUAAGUUUUUUUUUCUAUGUUGCGUAGAUUAAUAUUGUAAUAUGUAUUUUAAAUUGUUGUAAAAUAAUAAUGUUUAUAGAAAAACAUGUUAAAUAAAGGAAAAGAAAACUUCGUUUGUGGAAAAUUA